GCUGCGAGCCGAGCGGCACUGAGGGCGCGACCGGCGGGCCGCAAUACCGGGCUGCUCGCUGCCUUCCGGGCUCCCGUCUGCGCGCUAAGGCGCGGGAAAUACCGAGGGCUCCUGGGGCGGGCCCCGGGCUCGGGGCGGCGGGAGUGAGGGGCUGCUCGCUAGGGCGCCGGGACCAUGGCGUUGCGGGCUCGGGCGCUGUACGACUUCAGGUCGGAGAACCCAGGCGAGAUCUCGCUGCGGGAGCACGAGGUGCUGAGCCUGUGCAGCGAGCAGGACAUCGAGGGCUGGCUUGAGGGUAUCAACAGCCGCGGAGAUCGCGGUCUCUUCCCCGCCUCGUACGUACAGGUGAUUCGCGCCCCAGAGCCCGGCCCGGCAGGCGACGGCGGCCCGGGCGUCCCAGCCCGCUACGCCAACGUGCCGCCCGGCGGUUUCGAGCCCCUGCCUGCCGCGCCGCCCGCCUCCUUUAAGCCUCCGCCUGACGCCUUUCAGCCGCUGCUGCAAGCACAGCAGACGCCGCCGCCGAGCACCUUCCAGCCGCCUGGCGCGGGCUUCCCGUACGGUGGGGGCGCCCUGCAGCCGUCGCCUCAGCAACUCUACGGUGGCGGCGGCGGCUAUCAGGCAAGCCAGGGCAGCGACGAUGACUGGGACGAUGAGUGGGACGACAGCUCUACUGUGGCUGACGAGCCAGGCGCGCUGGGCAGCGGUGCGUAUCCGGACCUCGAUGGCUCGUCGUCUGGGGGCGUCGGGGCCGCGGGUCGCUACCGCCUAUCGACGCGCUCGGAUCUGUCGCUGGGUUCCCGCGGCAGUUCGGCGCCUCCGCACCAUUUGCAGCACCACCCGUCAGGGGCCAAGAGCUCAGCCACCGUGAGCCGCAACCUCAACCGAUUUUCCACUUUCGUCAAGUCGGGUGGGGAGGCUUUUGUGCUAGGCGAGGCGUCAGGUUUCGUCAAAGACGGGGACAAGCUGUGCGUCGUUCUCGGGCCCUACGGUCCUGAGUGGCAGGAGAACCCGUACCCCUUCCAGUGCACCAUCGACGACCCCACCAAACAGACCAAGUUCAAGGGCAUGAAGAGUUACAUAUCCUACAAGUUGGUGCCCACGCACACACAGGUGCCGGUGCACCGACGCUAUAAGCACUUCGACUGGCUGUAUGCGCGCCUGGCUGAGAAGUUUCCAGUCAUCUCCGUGCCCCACCUGCCUGAGAAGCAGGCCACUGGCCGCUUCGAGGAGGACUUCAUUUCCAAGCGCCGGAAAGGCCUCAUCUGGUGGAUGAAUCACAUGGCCAGCCACCCAGUGCUGGCGCAGUGCGAUGUCUUCCAGCACUUCCUGACAUGUCCCAGCAGCACCGACGAGAAGGCCUGGAAACAGGGUAAGAGGAAGGCCGAGAAGGAUGAGAUGGUGGGCGCCAACUUCUUCCUGACUCUGAGCACACCGCCCGCCGCCGCCCUUGACCUGCAGGAAGUAGAGAGCAAGAUCGACGGCUUCAAGAGCUUCACCAAGAAGAUGGACGACAGCGCACUGCAGCUCAACCACACAGCCAACGAGUUUGCACGCAAACAGGUGACCGGCUUCAAGAAGGAGUAUCAGAAGGUGGGCCAGUCUUUUCGUGGCCUCAGCCAGGCUUUCGAGCUGGACCAGCAGGCCUUCUCGGCCGGCCUGAACCAGGCCAUCGCCUUCACCGGAGAUGCCUACGAUGCUAUUGGCGAGCUCUUUGCCGACCAGCCCAGGCAGGACCUGGACCCGGUCAUGGACCUGUUAGCGCUGUACCAGGGACAUCUGGCCAACUUCCCAGACAUCAUCCAUGUUCAGAAAGGAGCUCUUACCAAAGUAAAGGAGAGUAGGCGACAUGUGGAAGAAGGAAAGAUGGAGGUCCAAAAGGCAGAUGGCAUUCAAGAUCGCUGUAACACUAUCUCUUUUGCCACUUUGGCUGAAAUUCACCACUUCCAUCAAAUUCGAGUAAGAGACUUUAAAUCACAGAUGCAGCAUUUCUUACAACAACAAAUAAUAUUUUUCCAAAAAGUGACCCAGAAGUUGGAAGAAGCUCUUCACAAAUAUGAUAGUGUUUAAUGACUAAACAUUGGAUUGUAGACUUUUUUCAGUUCAAAGGAUAAUUUCUACAGCCGGAUGAAAACUGCUAUCAAAGAGCUAUUGCCAACUAUCAGUGGUGGUACAAGGAUGGUUUUGUGUUCAACUGAAGCCCAGCUGAAUAUAUAAUUAUGUAGGAAGGAAACAGUUAAUAUGUUAUGUAAUAGAAACAGUACCACACAUUGUAACUAAAUUAUACUAUGUAUGCCUACACUACCAUUGUAACUUUUGGAAUAAUGAUUAUACUAUUUGCCUUAUUGCUUUUUGAAGUAUGGGUAUUUUAGUGCAUACUUUGUAGACCUCAAAACCCUAGAAGGGUCUCAAAGAAGCUGGCUGGAUAAAAGCUGGCUGUGGAUGCCUUUUUACUCUCAUAAAUUGGGAUUACCUAAAUUCAACUUACUCUCUGUUUACAAACUCCAACUAGAGCAGCUAUGCGACUUUG